AUGCUUGCUACUUCAUCAACUACAACGCUUACUACUACAUCAACCACAACAGCGACAACUUCAACUACAGCAAGUACAACUACAACCACAAUUAAUUGUGGUACAUCCUGUCUCAAUCAAUCAUGGAUUGAAGCUUCAGAUGGUCUCGCUUUCUGGCCAUUCGAUGGUUCAUAUGUUGACAUAGUUGGUGGUUACAAUGGAAUCCGGUCUCCAAAUUUGCCUACUUUUGUUACUGGAUACCUUGGUCAAGCUGCUUCAUUUGAUGCAUCUAUGCAACAAGCUAUAUACACAUCAUAUAUUCCAUUAAAUGAUGUUAGUUUCAGCAUAGAAGCAUGGAUUAAGCCAACCGGUUAUCCUAAUUCAAGAGAUCAUAGUAUUGUUGGCUUAUGCCCUUCCAAAAUAAUAAACCAUUGUCUUCAUAUUAAUAUUCGUAAUAAAAAACUUUACUUCGGUUUUUAUUAUGAUGAUAUUCAAGGUAUAACAACAAUCCCACUCAAUCAAUGGAUUCAUGUAGUAUUUGAUUUUAAUCUAACAACAAAACUACAGACUAUCUAUUUGAAUGGAUAUCAAGAUGUACAAGCAAUUGCAUCACAUUCAUUAGAAAUCGAUGCAGGCAAUUUUACAAUUGGCAUUAAUGAAGGCGUAAACUUUCCAUAUAGUUAUUUUCAGGGUUACAUUGAUCAAUUAUCAAUCAAUCGACGAACAAAAUCUUCUUGUGAAAUACUUGAAAUAGCAACAUUAGCUGGUCAUUUCAAAUUUGAUACUCCAUCACCAUUUAUUGAUUCUGGGCCUAAUGCAGUUGCAACUACUUCUUCAGGUACUUCGAUUGUCAAUGGUUAUAAAAAUCAAGCUAUAUCAUUUUCUGGUUCAUCAACAUCUUAUUUUCAAGCAUGGGGUUUUACUUCACUUGGUUCGAGCCAACAACCAUUUUCACUUACAUUUUGGAUUAAACCUCAAAUUCUAUCAGGUACAAUUGUUCAUUUAUCAACAUCAUCUUUAGGUGCAGGAUCUGAAUGUUUUCCAUUAUUGGGUUUUGCUUCAAAUGGAGCAAUCGUUGCACAAGUUUUGACUGACAAUAACAUUGUUGUAACAGCUACGGGUCCUAUUUUACCAAUAUCAUCAUUAUGGAUAGCAAUUGUUCAAACAUGGAGUCCAACAAAUGGAUUGAAAUUAUACGUCAAUAAUACACUUGCUAGUUCUGUUGCAGCUUCAACAUUUCUAGCAAGUGAAAUAACACCAAACUAUUUAACAUUGGGUAAUUGUUUAAAUGGUUGUGAUGGUACGUGUUCGGGUGGUUCAGUCGGUACACCAGGUCCAUUUACAGGUGCGAUUGAUGAUUGGCGUAUAUACAGUCGUGAACUUACUUCGGACGAUGUGUGUGCUUUGUGUUUUGCUGCUUGA